AUGGAUCCCCUGAGCCACGAAAAAUUCAUCAGUAUCUUCGAUGACUUAGUUCAAGAGCUGAAAAACCACCUGUCUCGUGGAGGAUUCUCUGCUGAGGCUAUUCAGCAAUUUAGCCAUUGCUUGAAUACGAACACCACAAGUGGCAAGCUUCACCGUGGACUUACUGUCCUUGUUACCGCCAACAACAUCUUAAAUCGACCGCUCAGCGAUGAAGAGUUUAGACAACUGAGCAUACUAGGGUGGCUUAUUGAGCUGUUCCAAGCAGCAUACCUCAUCUGGGACGACAUCAUGGAUAACUCUACUACACGUCGUGGCCAACCGUGCUGGUAUCGCCAGCCCGGAGUUGGUUUGAUGGCUGUCAAUGACGCCUGUUUGUUGAAAUCCGCGAUUUUCCUCCUUUUGGAGAGUCAUUUUACCGACCAUCCAGCCUACACUAGCUUUGUUAAUCUCUUCCUCAAAGCUAGCUUAGAAACUGAGCUUGGCCAAUUCAGUGAUAUGUUUGCAAGUCAUCAGGAGCUCGGCAGCUUUACAAUGGACAAGUACAGGUUUAUUGUGGACCGCAAAUCUUCUUACUACAGCUUGUAUAUGCCUGUUGCACUUGUACUGGUGUAUCUGCGGUUGUCAUCCCCCAGUAACCUUGGUCAAGCACGAAAACUAGCAACUGCACUUGGGGAGUACUUUCAAAUCGAAGACGACUACCUAGACGUCUUUGGUGACCCGCAUAUAACCAAAAAAAUUGGGACCGAUAUCCAAGACAACAAAUGCACGUGGGUGAUUAAUGAAGCAAUCAUUCGAUGCAGUGAUAAGCAACUUUGUGAACUUCAAAAAACAUACGGAAGAAAUGACACGAAAUUGGUAUCAAGGGCUAAAGACGUUUUCAAAGAGCUGGGAAUCGAAACGAUUUACGAGCAUCUAGAGGAAACACAAACAGCAAACAUCGAGGAAAUGAUUGCAAACAUUGACGAAAGUGAGGGACUCAAGCAGGAUGUUUUUACUCAGCUUUUUGCUCAAUUUCGAAGAGGUCGGGGAGUGAAGGCUCCUUGA